AGCAUUUACGAUUACCAGUACGUACCCUUUGGCCUUUCCUAUGAGAGCAAAGAGGAUUCAUUUCUUCGCAGUGUUUAAAAACCGGAUCGGAUAGGCCGAUCCCAACUGAAUCGGUAGGGUACAAGAUCUUCAGGCCAAUUCAUUCCGGUCGAUUCUGAUUCCGAUCCCGAUACCUAUCCAGAUCCCGGGUUUUGAAACCCGUAUCCUCUUCAAUCAAGAUUCAAGACACUUCUUAAACUACCCAUAAAAAUGAUAUUUUGAGCACAAAAAAAUCAUUCCAGUUUGGUCGCGCCAUUUGAAUUUGAUCUAUUCGGUCACCUCCUACGGGGUUCUAAAUUUCUAGUCUCCGUCGAUGUCCUGCAAAAUUCCAGCUUGAGCUCUGAACUAAAUUUCGUCGCCAUGGUUCAAGCAAAGCAUCAAAAGAUUAAACCCAAGAAGCAAGUCCGUGUAAAAAAACAUGUCAAGCAAACUGACAUUUCAGAGUUCCGGUCUCAACUUGAUUCUUUGGGCUUAAAAAUUAUUGAAGUGACUGCAGACGGAAACUGUUUCUUUAGGGCUCUAGCAGAUCAACUGGAAGGUAAUGAAGAGGAACACGGGAAAUAUCGAAGUAUGGUAGUGCAGUAUAUACUGAAGCAUCGGGAGGAUUUUGAGCCUUUUAUUGAGGAUGAAGUUCCAUUUGAUGAAUAUUGCCAAUUCAUGGAAAAAGAUGGCACAUGGGCUGGACACAUGGAAUUGCAAGCUUCUUCUCUAGUGACUCGUUGUAAUAUUUGCAUUCAUCGAAUGAUGUCACCAAGGUGGUAUAUAAGGAACUUUGAUGACCAUGGAGCUCGAAUGAUCCAUUUAUCAUAUCAUAAUGAAGAGCAUUACAACAGUGUUCGGUUAAAGGACGAUCCUUGUAAUGGGCCAUCUAAGCCAAUCACAAUUAAGGCGGAUGCUAAUCUUUCAACAACAUCCCAGCAAGGAAAAGCUGCAGUUGCCAAGUCCAAAGGAGCUCCAUAUGAAAAUAAUAGAAUUGAUGCUGGAUCAAUUAAACUGGUCAUGGCUGGAAGUGGUUGUGAAAAGGCUGAUAAAGUUGAAGAGGUUUUACAAGAACUAGAUGGCGAUGUUGAUGCUGCAAUAGAGUUUUUGAUUGCAGAGCAAGCAAUGGACGGAGCAAUGGACGAUGAUUCAGUUGGAAAUUGUAAAAUUUCUUCCCAAAAUGAUCCUACUUCUGGUCAUAAUGAAAAUUCAAACACUGAGGAGCCAAUGGAGUCUGCUCUAGACAAAGCCUCUGAGAAUGAAGGACCGAGUAAAGAUAUCAAACGAUCUCAUGAUGAUAAAUGCUCUCAACAUGAUGACAAGAAAAUCCCAAGAAACAAGGUAUGUCCUUGUGGUUCGAAAAAGAAGUACAAGGCUUGUUGUGGAUCAGGCAUAGGGAGAUCUUCUACUGAGUUCAUAAAUAAUCAUAAAGCGUCUUCUGGCAAGGGAGGAAAAGAAAGAAAGCAGGGUAGGAAAGGUGGAGCAACCAAAAUUGCCCCUUCCAGUGGAUCCAGUGAUCCUCCUGAUAUGGGUGCACUGUGCAUCUGAGAUCAUGAGAUGCUUUUGUGUGGCUACCAUUGAGGAGAAACAUUGACCAAUCCACAAUCGGCACAUGCAGGUCUCCAGUGCAGGUCUUGUUUAUAUGAAAUAUAUGUUAUCCUUCUUGGCAUCAAUGGUGCAAAGGCAGUAUAAUCUGGAACGUUUGACACAAUCAUGGUUUUCUUUUUGGUGGGUACAGAGGGAAGGGUUAGUAGGUGUUAGGUGAAGAAGGUUUCAAUCCCAGGUCUAAGGGAUCAAGAAUCACAUGCUUUACUUGUAUUGUUCUUUCAUGUUUAUUUUUCCUAAUCAGAAGAAUAAAAAAAUUAAUUAAUUAUAUAUAUGUGACUAAAUACAUCAAUGUUCAGAUUACUGAUGUCUAUGUGUAAGAGUUUGGUAAUGAUAUUUGUAUCAAGAAGUCACAUGAGUAGAACUACUCCGUUUGUAGGCCUGAGCAUGUAGGCUGGUAUAAAUACAAAAUUAUGAACAUCGAGAAAAAGAGGGACUGCAUUUCAAGGC